AUGCUUGUUGCCGGGCUUCCUCCUGUUGGCUGUCUUCCAAUACAAAUAACUGCAAAGUCCCCAUUGCUCAGAAAGUGCAUUGAAGAGGAGAAUUUUGAUGCUCAAUCCUAUAAUGCGAAACUCACAAGGUUGCUAAAACAAGUACAAGCAGCACUUUCAGGAAGCAAAGUAUUGUAUUCAGAUACAUAUCAUCCUUUCAUGCACAUGAUCAAGCAUCCAAAAAAAUAUGGAUUUGUGAAAACUAGACGAGGGUGCUGUGGCAGUGGUACCUAUGAAGCAGGUCCAUUCUGUAACAAACACCGUCCUGUCUGCAAAAAUGCUUCUAAAUACUUGUUCUGGGACAGUAUACAUCCUGGUGAAUCAGCCUACCGGUAUCUUUCCAAUAUGGCAAUGAAGAAACUACUGCAUCACAAACUAUCACACAACAAAACCCAUUAA